CUGAGAAAAUCCAAGUUAUAGCUCAGUGGCGCGUGGUGGCAGUGCGAAAUCGAGAGAACACUUCUAAUGUCAGGAAACUGCCUCCGCCCUUUGGCAACUGAGAGUGGAAGAUAUGUUUAUCAGGAAGGCAAUUGCAGACAUUUCAAACCGGAGUGUUACAUUGAAGCAUGGGCCAGAAGAAUACAGUUUUGCUGAAAUCCUUGAGAUCGCAUGACGAAAUGGACAGCUGGCGAAAUAUGGAGUACUUCGAGGAGGAUCUUCAUGAAGCUGUGGUGUCUGGGAACCUGGCUUCGGUGGAAGGAUACCUGAAGCGAGGUCUUAGCCCCAACCACGCCUUCCGCUCCGCCGAUCCUGCCGCGGCCAGGCGUAUGGGGCGCACGCUGCUGGAAGAAGCCGUGCAUGCUGGUCAGAAAGACAUCGUGCGCCUGCUGGCCACGUUCAAAGUCGACCCCAACCUGACCUUCGUCGUUCACGUAGACGAGGACUUACGCCCCGUGCUAAAGCCGUACACGAAGAAGGAGCGGUUGAAGAUGUCCUGCGUUUACCCCAGCAUCGUCCGGCGCGACGUAGAGAUGGUGCAGCUGUUGGUGCGGGCGGGGCUGGACGUCAACCUCUGUGACGACCGCGGCUGCACGGCGCUGUGGCACGCCGUUGACCUGCAAGACUAUGACCUGGCCAAGGCCUUGGUCGGCAGUCCGGCCUGUGACGUCAACCUGCCUGACGUAGCGCAACUCCGCCCUCUGCACGUCGCGGCCCUCCACGGCCACGUGCGCUUGGCCUCCUUGCUCAUCCGACACGGCGCGCGGGUGGAUCCGGUGCAGCUGCGAGGAUCCACACCCUUGGUACUGGCUUGCAAGGCCGCAUGCUGCCAGACUGCCCGCCUUCUGCUGCUCAACGGGGCAGAUCCCAACCACGUGGGCUAUAACGGCCACACACCCAUGUCGGCUGCCCUGGAAAGUUGUCGCGAGCGACACCUGACGGAUCUUUUGAUCGACGCCGGCGCCACAGUGGACUGCACAACGGUCCGGAAGUGCAUCAGGGACCAGGUGCCGCUGCUCCAGACGUGCCCGGAAGUUCUGGACCUCAUCCGGGAACUUGCGCGUACGCCCCGCCCCUUGAAGGUGCAGUGCCUCUUAGCCGUCCGCCGUGCGGUAGUCGCCUCCCUCAGCAAACUGCACUUCGUGCUCAAAGUAGAGAGUCUCCCCGUCCCUCGCAUCGUGCAGGAGCUCAUCCUGCUGAGCUACUUGUAAUACCAUGCAGGAACUCAUUCUGCUGAACACACCUUGAACUAGUCUUGAUGAGUUCAUUGUAAAACACUGUGCAAGGUCUUUUCCUGCUAAACUGCUUGUAGUAAUCUUGUAACAGUGUGCACUUGACUAAAAGUUGUAAUCUGCCUGUAACUGCAUUGCCUGGAUCACACCACUGAACUUUUUAAUACAGUGUUAACAAACUUAUCCUGCUGAACUACUUGUAAUAUAUUUUCCUGGAGCACAUCCACAGAAAUUCUUGUAACAAUAUGCAAGGUCUCUCAUCCGGCAGAGCUACUACUUGUAAUAUACUGUGUGUAAUGUAAUACAGUGUUCAGUAUUUCGUCCGAGUGAAUGACUUGUAAUAAAUUGCAUGAUAGUU